AUGCCGGACCUCCAACGAGCACCUGGCGGGGCAGAGACGGAUGGGUCGCACUCAGACGGCUACCGCGCAUUGGAGAAGGCCUUCCGCGAUUCAUGGGCACCCAAGGACGAUGCAUUGCUCUCGCGCAGCCUGUCGUUCAGCAACACCCGCUAUCCUGAUCUCAAGCCGUCAAUGCCUGCAGCCUGGCCGGAGAGUCCUUCAAUCGACGGCAGCUCCUCCGAUGUGCAGGUCCAUGAAGGCUUCGAGAACAUCGCCAUGCCGCCCCCACGCAUGCAAGCGCGCGCAUUGCAUCUAGACGACAGCGGUAUGCCGCCAACCCCACCGACGAUGAACAACAGCGACGGCGCGGAUACUUUACAGGAGCAUCGCGCAAGCCCUCCUCCAGUCUUCGCGGACGAUCUUCGCAAUGCGCUCGAGUCAAAAGCCUCAGGGCUUAGUACGACGCCGGUCAACGCUGUCAGUCCGCCGACACCUGAUCCUUCACCGCCAGCGACGCUGGAAGCGCAGCCAGUAAUGGCGCAGAAAGAGCAGGCGCAUUUCUUACAUCCGAUGUUGGCGGAUAGACGAACUCCGCACUUCCUGAAGCACCACGCCAGUUCAAAAGCAGAGUCGUUCAGAACAGCGCGCGAAGAUCAGCCGCUGAGUCCAGGUCUGAGCACUUCGCAAGCUUAUUUGCCAGAAAACGACAGACUUCCAGAUCAUUGGCUGGAGAACACGCGCGACCUGCAGUUGGCCGGGUUGGGUCUGAGCGACACAGCAGUCUCCAAGACGCCAAAAGCGCCGGAUGCGGUCCCAUUGACGACUGUCAGCUCUCGAAGCUCCAGGCGCAAGUCAAAGCACGAAUCUCCUCCCCAGACCAGAGAUGGACCGGGCGAAGAUUGGGAGAAGCAUAUCAGUUAUGUGAGCGGUCCGGAUGAGCUGGAAGAAGAGCCCGCAACAAGAGAAGUCUCGGAAGAACAACGGGACGAACAGCCUCCAGCCGCUGGACUCGGCCUUUCUGGAGCCGGCAUCGAGCAGGAACAACAUACAGAGCCGGAGCACUCAGUGGAGGAUGUUAACAACAUGGUAUACAAGCGCAUCCGUGAAGAGAACGUCAAGAGACAUAGCGCGAUCAGCAACAACUCGGCAGCAAUCACUGUGGGCAUUUACGUUCCGCCGUCCGAGUCUACACCACACACCCUCAAGCGGCAGACGAAGUGCCUGUUAUUGCGUGGGGACGGCGGUCCUGAGAGCAACCGGGGCAGCUUCGACGGUGACAUCAAACCGCUCAGCUAUAAGAAAGCUCGUAUGCCUGAACGCCAGAAGAAGCUGGAUGACUCUCCUGUCUUCGAGUCAAGCAUACGGCAGGUCUCAUCUCCUGCUCGACUUGGUCCAGACACCUCCAACAUGACUGCCCUUACAUACGCGACCUCGCCCAACACCUGGGUCGCGAGCCUGCACGAGGCCGAGCCGCCAGUCGACACGCCUCCGCGCACACCACCGAAACGCGUCCCCAACCCUGAAAGAGUCGGACAUAAUGUUGGGGUCAAGCGCAAUAGCGUGGGAGGUGCGAAGCCAAGCCGUGUGCUGGAGAAGUCUUCUCAUCAGCUGCGAGGCGUCAUACCCUCUGUUGACACUGAACCGGAAGAGUGGAGUCCACCCAGCGGCAAGCUUCGGAGGUUCUCGAGAGAGGAGAGGUUGGAGAACAAUGGUGAUGUACGGCGCACGAGCGUGGGCAGUUCAAAGGACGCCGGGCGAGACCACAGCUCGGAAGGGCGCAAGCUGUCGUCUGACAAGACUAUUACGUCCUCGCCGGAGAGAUCUUUCCUCCCAACUUCGCCGAGAAAGAGCCUCGAUGCUCGCUUCCUGCACCCUACGACCACGCCAAUGUCCACCAGCCAAUUCUCCGAUCGCACCGUCGAAGUUUGUGAAGCCAGCGGCGUGAGGAUCUACCCUCACAACAACGACAGCCUGCUUGUCGUUCAGCAUGGCUCGCGACCCGUCAGCAAGGACAAGAGCACACCGACGUCUCGCUCAGUCGAGUCGCAGCUCCGCGAUCUCGGCGAGCCCAUCUUCGCCGCGCAAGUCGACCCUCCGACACCUACGCUGGGUGCUACGGACAGCGACGAACACGCUGACAGUCCACUCACAAACCCACGCACCGCCCCCGAACCACCAGUCAUCAAAUUCAUCCCUCCCACUCCAUGCUCCGAGCUCGAGCGCCAACUCACCCUUGACACCCGCCCUGUGCCAGAACCCAGCACUCCACAACGCCGCCUCAGCCUUCUCCAGAAAGCCCGCCGCUACAGCGACAGCCUCUUCGCUCGCUCCUCGGUCACCUACCGUCCCUCCCCACCACACCGCGACGUCCACCUCUCCCCUCUCUGGCGUCCGCAGUACUUCUGGGACGACUUCGACAGCGACGAGGAAGAAUUCCUAGACGACUUCGAAGCACCCGGCACACUACCGAAAGGCGGCGACACCUCCGAAGUCACCACCGCUCAAACUGGAGGCAAAGGCAUCUUCCCGCGCGCCAUGAGCAAGCGUCUCCCCGGCUUCAGAGGCAAAGGCGGCUUCCUCGUCGGCAACAGCUUGGGCAUCGAACGGCACGGCACCAACGCCCGCCGCCACUACGUCGGCACCGUGGAGCGACGGCUCGAUAAGCGGGAGAGCGAGGAGGUGCUGAGGAAGUUGCCGCAGAAUACUCGACACCCGCAGGCCGGGCCGCUGGUGGCGGAGGAGUCGAAGGGUGGGAAAAGAGUGUUUGUCGUGCCGUUUUCGGGCGGGAAGAGAGCGCAGUGGGUGGGGCCGGGGAAGAUUGGGGCCAUGGUUGAGCGCAGACGGGAGAGGAGGGAGGAGCGGGAGGCGGAGGCGCGGAGGGAGAAGUUGAGGGGUUUGAUUGGGGGGAGGGUGGCGAGUUAG